AUGGUUAAGCGAUCAACCGAGUUCUUUAACGCUUUUUACGCCGCUUUUAAAGCUACUUUUAUUGAAAACUCUAAUGCCUCUAGCGGAGGUAGUGGGCAAGUUAUCGAGAAGUGGUGGUUAAGGAAGGUAGUUCUGGAGGCAUCUAGAGAAGAGUAUAUAAAGAGUCCUUUGCUGGUAGAAACCUAA